AUGGCAUAUCAGCAGCGUCCAGUACAGAGGGCUCCGCCUGUACGAAACUACGGGGGCCCUCAGCCUGCCCCCAGUGGGAGGGGCUAUCCGCCACAAGAUGGGUACCCUGAGAGUCGCUAUGAUAACAACUACCGUGGCUUUCCCAAUGGGGGUCACGACAACCACGGAUAUGGAUAUGCUGGCGAAGGUGCAGUUCCGAGGUCAUAUGGACAUGGGCCACCGCCCCGCGGCGCCCCGCGCGGUGGUUACGGCCCCCCGAGGGAUGACCGAAGCCAUGCAUAUCGUGGCGGCCCACCACCGCAAGGGUAUGAUGGUCGCCGUGGCUCCGAGGAUCAGAUCCCACCUCCAAGACAGGAUCGUAUCAGACUGCCCGGACGUCCCCCGCAACCUCCCAGCAUCAACACCUCGUUUACCGCCCAAGACCAGCGUGGACCGGUAGCUCUUGAGAGCGGGAUGGCCGCUAUGAGUCUCAGUGGCGGCCCAGCAGUACCUACACAGAUUCCGGAUCGCCCGCAUACUUCUCAUGCCAAACGGCCUACCCAUCCCAUGUCUCCAGGUAGAAGUAGGAGCAUCACUCCAGGGACACCAGCGAGGUCCGCCAGCACAGGUCGCCCGUCUCCGGGCUCUUUUGAAAACGGACCAUAUACGGACCCACAGGAACCGCCCCCGGUGCCCCAUAUAAACAGGAGCGCGACCAUGCCUGUCUCCUCGCCGGCGCAAAGCAUACCUCCCAAGCCACUGUACCCAGGACAGGCGACUUAUCAAGAGGCCAACUACGCAGCCCCACAAGGACCCCAUGAACGGUUUGACACCGCGGCAUGGGUGGAUAGCUAUUACAAUCGCAAACAGGCGGAGGAGCCUGAUAUGCCCAAUUUCGAUGCUAUGCCUGAUCCUGCCAAAGGCGGUAUUAUUGAUGAAAGCUUACCUGGUCUGGAACAGCCGCAGGUCAAGCCAUCCAUUGCAUCGCCUACUACAUAUCAGGCCCAGUACGCCGCUUUCAAUCCGCAAGCGGCAAGCGAUCCUUACGCGCAUCCUCAAUCUGUUCCGCGGGGAGGGCCUGCGCCCAAUCAAUUCGCAAAUGCAGGUUUUCAGUUUGAUUUGCCCGGGGGUGAAGGACCCCCUGGUGCACAUCAUCACGAGGAGGCAGGUUAUGUAUAUAACGCAGAUCCCUAUGAAGACCCAUAUAUGCAACGAAGCGAUAAUUGGAGCCCUCCUGGACCGGCGCAUGCGGAAGGUGCAGCAGACUACGCUACCAGAGACACUCCUCCUUACAGCAAUGGACAAUCUCAACCAUAUAGAGCUGUUGAUGACUACAGUCCACCCAUCAAUCAACCCGAAAUGCUUGAUGAUCAGCAGAAUCCGGAUGCUCUUCCACACCACCCUAUUCCGUUCCGGCCCGGCCUUGAGCAGGCAGCCAAGCCUGCGCCAAUGCGCCAAUACGAGAGCAUCGGCAGCUCAAAGUCUCCGCCGGCAGCACCGCAAGGUCCACCGGCUGAAUCGGCUCUAUCUGGUCCGGUGACACAAGGUGAGCUGCAGCGCCUACAGCAGAUGGUCAAGGCGAAACCCAAUGACCGCAAGACCCAGCUGCUUUUUGCGCAAAAGCUGGUCGAGGCCUCGACUGUUCUGGUUGAUGCUAGUCGGAUGGAUCCGAAGACGAAAGCAAAGGCCCGAGAAAAGUACACCAUGGACGGUUAUAAGAUUGUUAAAAAGUUGGUUUCGGCCGGAUACGCCGAUGCACAGUUCUAUCUGGCCGACUGCUACGGUCAGGGCCAGAUGGGUCUACAGGUUGACCCUAAGGAAGCCUUCGGUUUAUACUAUGCUGCUGCGAAGCAAGGACAUGCCCAGUCGGCGUACCGUGUUGCAGUUUGUUGUGAGAUAGGUCAAGAGGAGGGUGGCGGCACUAAGAGAGACCCGUUCAAGGCUGUUCAAUGGUAUAAACGUGCAGCAGCCCUUGGUGACCCGCCCGCGAUGUAUAAGAUGGGAAUGAUCCUACUGAAGGGUCUACUAGGCCAGGCUAAAAACCCGCGUGAAGGAGUUGCCUGGCUUAAGCGUGCAGCCGACCGCGCUGACGCAGAAAAUCCCCAUGCUCUCCAUGAAUUAGCAUUGAUGUAUGCGAACGGAGGAAACGAUGUGGUUGCACGCGACGAAGCCUACGCAAGCCAGUUGUUCCAUCAAGCCGCAGAAUUAGGGUAUAAAUUCUCCCAAUUCUACCUGGGCAAUGCGUAUGAGUAUGGCCUGAUGGGCUGUCCUGUGGAUCCCCGACAGAGUAUCAUAUACUACACACAUGCUGCUGCGCAAGGAGAACAUCAGAGCGAACUGGCCCUGAGUGGGUGGUAUUUGACUGGCGGGGAGGGGAUUCUGCAACAGAGUGAUACGGAAGCGUAUCUUUGGGCUCGCAAGGCCGCCACUGCCGGCCUUGCCAAGGCUGAGUACGCGAUGGGGUACUUCACUGAAGUUGGAAUUGGCGUUGUCGCAAACUUGGAUGACGCAAAACGAUGGUAUUGGCGCGCAGCUGCGCAAGGAUUUCCUAAGGCUCGUGAACGUCUUGAGGAGAUUAAGCAGGGUGGAGCUCGUAUGCAGAAGACCCGUCUUUCUCGGUCUGCCGUCAAUCAGCAGAAGCAGAAUGACGGAGACUGUGUUCUGAUGUGA